AUGGCAAGCCCUGCCGCCGCGUUAGACAAAGUCUCGACGGCUGAUCUACUUGAAGAACUCAAGCGGAGAUAUAACUGCUUGUCGAAGCCUGAAGGGCGAUACGUCUUUCUAGGUGCCCCAGGCUCGGGAAAAGGCACACAGAGUGCGAAUCUUCAGCAGACUCACUGCUACUGCCACAUCUCAACGGGUGACAUGCUCCGCGACGCUGUAGCGGCGGGUACAGAGCUCGGGCAAAAGGCAAAGGGAAUCAUGGCCGCCGGCCAGCUCGUUCCGGACGACCUAGUUUUAGAGCUGCUCUCUGAAAGAAUAAAGAGCCCGGAUUGCGCUCGGGGUUUUAUUCUGGAUGGAUACCCGAGGAAUCAGGAACAGGCAGAUGCUCUAGACAAGCUCCUCGCCUCCCAGAAACAGAAGCUUGAUGGCGUCGUAUACUUCGACACCCCAGAAGAUGUCCUGAUCGAGAGGAUCAGUGGGCGCCGCGUUCACCCGCCCAGUGGGCGCGUCUACCACACUGUCUUCCAUCCUCCGAAAGUCCCGGGCAAAGAUGAUGUUACUGGCGAGGACCUGAUUCAGAGAAAGGAUGAUAAUGAAGAGACCCUCCGGAAGCGUCUGCAGGUGUUCAAACAACAAACACUGCCCCUCGUUCAGCGCUACGAGAAGCAAGGGUUGCUUCAGCGCAUCGAUGGAAGCUUGCCAGCUGCAUCAGUGACUAACCAGCUGUACGCCUUCGUCCAGAAGCGUUCACAGGGCACUACGUCACAAUAA